CACAAAAUAUCACAAAAACAACAACAUUCUCUUUCCUCCUUUCCUUCUUCUUCCAUAGCCAAAGAUCACAAGAAAAAAAAUUCAAAAAAGAUCAUGUCUUGCUCAAACCUAACAAUGUGGGUUUCUUCCAAACCAUCAUCAAUCUCCGACACUUCAUCUCUUUCAUUCCGCUCUGUUCUCAACCCUCUUCAACUCCCAACAACUCCAUCUUCAAACCCAUCAAGAUCUUCCUCUGUUUCCCCAAUCCAUUGUGGUCUUCGUGAGCUUCGUGACCGAAUUGACUCUGUCAAGAACACCCAGAAGAUCACUGAAGCUAUGAAACUCGUCGCCGCUGCUAAAGUCAGGAGAGCUCAAGAAGCCGUUGUGAAUGGUCGACCAUUCUCUGAAACCUUAGUGGAAGUUCUGUACAACAUUAAUGAACAGCUUUCAACAGAUGAUAUAGAUGUUCCUCUUACUAAGGUCAGACCGGUUAAGAAAGUUGGUUUGGUUGUUGUCACCGGCGACCGUGGUCUCUGCGGUGGAUACAACAAUUACAUCAUUAAGAAAGCUGAAGCAAGGAUCAAGGAAUUGAAGAAUCUGGGUCUUGAUUAUACUGUCAUCAGUAUUGGAAAAAAAGGUAAUUCUUAUUUCAAACGUAGACCUUACAUUCCGGUUGACAGAUUUAUAGAAGGAUCUAACCUUCCAACGGCGAAAGAAGCUCAGACAAUCUCCGACGAUGUGUUUUCUCUUUUCAUCAGUGAAGAAGUCGACAAAGUUGAACUUCUCUAUACAAAGUUUGUGUCUUUGGUUAAAUCCGAGCCGGUUAUCCAUACUUUACUCCCUUUAUCUCCAAAGGGAGAAAUCUGUGACAUAAAUGGCACCUGCGUGGAUGCAGCUGAAGAUGAGUUCUUUAGGCUGACAACCAGAGGAGGAAAACUGACUGUUGAAAGAGAGGUGACGAGGACGGCAACGUCUGAUUUCUCGCCGAUUCUGCAAUUCGAACAGGACCCAGUUCAGAUUCUUGACGCCUUAUUGCCGUUGUAUUUGAACAGUCAAAUCUUGAGGGCUUUACAGGAAUCACUUGCGAGUGAAUUGGCUGCUAGGAUGAGUGCCAUGAGCAGUGCUACUGAUAAUGCGGUUGAGCUGAAGAAGACGCUGUCUAGGGUGUAUAACAGACAGAGGCAAGCUAAGAUUACCGGAGAGAUUUUGGAAAUUGUGGCCGGAGCUAGUGCCUUUAUGUAGAAAAACAAAAAGGGUGAAGAAAGGAAAUAAUCAAAACUUUGCAGAAUCAAUUUACCAUUUCUAUUCAAUUAUUAUCAUGUAUAAGGUUUUCACUUGUAAUAAUUAAAACAUAUGGAUUGGAGUCUUGAAUCUUGAUAUGAUUUUGGGAGUUAAGAAAUGAGAUCAUUUUCUCAUUUCAAGUUC